AUGGAUAGAGGGAAUGAGACAUCAGCUGACUUCCUUCUCUUGGGGCUUUUCCCGGAGCUGCCAUACAUCAGCAUCCUUAUCACCACUUUCCUUCUGGUCUACAUUAUUGCCGUUGCUGGGAAUGCCACCUUGAUCCUCUUGAUCUGGACGGAUGCCCGCCUUCACACCCCCAUGUACAUACUGCUCAGCCAUCUCUCUCUUAUUGAUUUGGCCUUAAUUUCUACCACCGUCCCAAAGAUGGCCAUCAACUUUUUUUCUGGGAAGAGAGACAUCUCAAAAGUUGCCUGUGGAACCCAGAUUUUCUUCUUCUUUGCCCUUGGGGGUGGUGAGUGUCUUCUUUUGACCAUGAUGUCUUAUGACCGUUACGUGGCCAUCUGCAACCCCCUGAGGUAUUCAGUUAUCAUGAGCCCUAGAAUCUGCCUGCUGAUGGCCCUGGUGUCCUGGGGUGGAGGUGCCCUAAAUUCCGUCAUCAAUACCAUCUACACCAUGCAUUUCCCCUUCUGCGGCUCCAGGGAAAUCCACCACUUCUUCUGUGAGAUGCCUGCUGUCCUCAAGCUGUCUUGCAAGGACACCUCCUUAUAUGAGGCAGUGGUGUCUGUUAUCUGCAUUGUGUUUGUACUUCUUCCCGUAGGGCUUAUUGUAUCUUCCUACAUGCUCAUCUUCCUCACAGUCCUCCGCAUGAAUUCACCAGAGGGGAGGAGAAAAGCCUUUGCCACGUGUUCCUCUCAUCUGGCUGUAGUGAGCCUCUACUAUGGACCAGCUAUGAUCAUUUACAUGACCCCUCACUCCUUUCAUACAUCAGAGCAGGAUGAAAUACUCUCUGUGAUUAAUACCAUCUUCACCCCCAUGCUCAACCCUCUCAUUUACAGUCUAAAGAACAAGGAGGUGCUGGCAGCUCUGAGAAAAUUAAUGGGUGAGGAUUCAGUCCAAGGUAGAAACACAUAG